GCCCGUCUCCUCGCUCGUGGGGCAGCCAGCCGGGAGCAGCGGGCAGCAGGCAGCCGGCCCCUCAGCCCCAGCCAGGGGACGCAGUCAGUAAACACCACAACAACCAAAAAGUGAGAGCCACCCAAGGGGCAGUCAAGGCAGGAGGAGAGAAAGAGGAGGAAAAAAAGGAAAAGGGGGUAAAACCAGGAGGAAAAAAAAAAAAAGAGAGAGAGAGAGAAAAAAAAAGAAAAAGAAAAAAAAAAAAGGAGGGAAAAACAAGAAAGAAAAGGAGAAAGAAAAGGAGAAAGAAAGAAAAGGGAAGCGCUCGCCUGCUCUCUAGAAUAACAAAAUACCUGAUCGUAACAAAAUAACAUCCUCCAGACCAAAUCAAGCAGGGACUUGACAUACCAAAAGGCAAAGCGAGGAGAGCGAGCCAGGGCGCGGGGAAGGCGAGCCAGAGCCGCGAUCGCUGCCAGGGCCGGACAGCAGCAUGGCAAGCGCCGGGGCACACACGGAUGAGCGCUGCCGGCAGCCUGCCUUCCUCCCCGGCCCGCCGCCGACAGAAGUUGAGAGCGGCAGCGGCAGCGCCAGCGCCAAGGUGCAGAGGAUGUGUGCUGCCAGGCAGAUACUGCUGCUACUGCUGGCCUUCCUGGCCUAUGCGUUGGAUUCAGCUGCGGCGUAUGGCACGGCGGAGACCCUCUGCGGUGGGGAGCUGGUGGACACACUGCAGUUCGUCUGUGGGGACAGGGGCUUCUACUUCAGUAGACCAGUGGGACGAAAUAACAGGAGGAUCAACCGUGGCAUUGUGGAGGAGUGCUGCUUUCGGAGCUGUGACCUGGCUCUGCUGGAAACCUACUGUGCCAAGUCCGUCAAGUCAGAGCGUGACCUCUCCGCCACCUCCCUCGCGGGCCUCCCAGCCCUCAACAAGGAGAGCUUCCAGAAGCCAUCUCAUGCCAAGUACUCCAAGUACAACGUGUGGCAGAAGAAGAGCUCGCAGCGGCUGCAGCGGGAGGUGCCAGGCAUCCUGCGUGCCCGUCGGUACCGGUGGCAGGCGGAGGGGCUGCAAGCAGCUGAGGAAGCCAGGGCGAUGCAUCGUCCCCUCAUCUCCUUGCCCAGUCAGCGGCCCCCAGCGCCGCGGGCAUCCCCUGAAGCGACCGGCCCCCAGGAAUGAACUGUGACCAGCCGGCUCGAUUUGUGAUCUCCUGGGGAGAGACUGGCGAGACUCGGCCCCCCUGAGCCCCUCCGUCCCCGAGCCGAGGAGCGGGGCGGCAGGCACCAUCACGCCGCUCCGGCCCCAACCAAACAACUGACACAAGCAAGGAGGGGAUGGCAGCAGCCGUGUGCAGCGUCCUCCUUUUGGGGUGGGGGGGAGGGUUGUUUCGUUUCCCAGGCCUGUUUCGUUUCCCUCGCGCACCCAGUAUUUUUCAAGCCUUGUACUUACGAAGGGACAGUUGGGCACUUGAACUUUUUGCUGCCGGGCGCUGUGUGACAUCCCCAGUGCCAACACUAGAAGACAAAAGAAAGAGCAAGAGGGAAAAAGGAUAUGAAGUUAACUUUUCUUUUAAGUUUUUUUUUUUUCUCAAGAAGAAGAGUCCAUUCCAUGUCUUUCUUGACAAUAAAGUGAAAAGCAAAAACAAAUGGGGAGAAAUGUUGAGGGAUGUAACUUUUUUGCCUCAUUUCCGCCCAACUUUUUUUUUCUUUCUUUUUCGUUGGUAACUUUUCUUAUUUUUAUAACUUUUUUUUUGCACCUUUAAAAAGAAAACGUAACUGAGACGAAGUUCCGAGGAGACCCAUCUGCAUUUUUUGUGUGUGUGCUUAAUUACAAGAUUCCAAAUCGACUUGCACCUUUUUGAAACCAUCGCUGACGGGAGAAAGAGAGGAAGAGGAGAGAGAGAGAGAAAGAGAGAGAAGAAAAAGGAAAGGGGAAAAAAAAAAAAAGAAGUGAGCUGAUGCUCACUUUAAAUGGAGGAGGCGUCUGCAUUGCACAUUUGCCACGGAUUUAGUUGAUUUAUAUAUAUAAUAUAUUAUAUAACUUUUUUGGCAAAAAAGCACUAUUUUUAUGGGACAUUUUGUGUAGUAUCUGAAGAGGGAUUGUAAUGUUUAAAAUGUGUUAUGGUGCUAAAGUAAGUUGGAAGGGAAAAAACCCAGAAAUAGCAAGGGAGGGUGGGGAGGGAAGGACAAGAUAGCGAAUACUGAACUUGAAAUUUUAGCUUUUCGUUUUAGGAAAAGUGUGAUAAAUGUGUUUCUUUUCUCUUCUGAAAUAUAGCUUGGUCAUGACCAUAUGAGCUAGUUGGCUGUCACUCAUGUACACAGAUGCACGCACACACAGAAAUACAUCUACAUGCAUUCUUUUUUUUUCUUUCUUUCUUUCUUUCUUUUUUUUUUUUUUUUUGUAGGAAAAAAAAACAAUGAUUUAGACUAAAAGGGAACUGUUCUAGAUACAAACUAUUCUGAAUGGCGAAGGUAUUGCCGGUUACAACUCCAGGCCCUGCUUCUGCAUGGACCCUGGUGAAGAUCAGCUUCUCCAUCCUCUCAACCCUGACAGCUUGCUCGCUGUGCAGAAGUGCCAGCCCCAUGUCCCUCCAUCUCCUUUUCCUUCUCUUGCCCCUUGCGUCCUUCUUGCAGAACCCCCUGCCCUCCUCCUCUUGCCCCAUGCCCAAGGCUUUGGAGGAUGGCCCUUGGGAAUGAUGGGGACCCUCCCCACCAUGGGGCAAGCGUCCCCCCUGGCGUAGUGGCCUCCACCGAUGCGACGGCCUCAGUCAGCAUGGUGACCUCCAUCAGCAUGGUGGCCUCAACCAAUGUGAUGGCCUUGGUCAGCAUGAUGUACGGUCCCCGUCAACAUGGUGGCUUCCAUCAACAUAUUUCCUCCAUCAGCGUGAUGGCUUCUGUCAGCAUGGACGACCAUCAUCAGCAUGGAUGGUCUCCAUCAACACGGAUGGCUUCCAUCAUCAUGGUGGCCUUUGUCAACCUGGUGACCUCCAUCAGUGUGGUGGCCUCCUGCCUGAUGGCUGGGAUAGGUUCACAGGCAGGGAAAAGGCAAGCCUCUUGCUUGAGGCUCAGGACUCAAUGAGCAGAUGGGUUGGAGAGGUGGGCAGAGGGCUGUAAAAUAGGUUGGUUUUUAAAAUAAUAUAUAUUAUCUGUCUAGGAACCAUAAAAAGGGGGGAAUCAAUUACAUCUCCCUAUGAUAUACUCUCACUUGCUAAUAAAAUGGGGACACUCUGUUAACCAGUUCUGUACUUGCUUUGUCUUAUAUAUCCAUACAUUUAAAACAAACAAACAAACAAAAAAAAAAGACUACUUGAAUUGUAUUCUAUUUCGUGGUUUUGAGGGGAGGGCUGGGGGAUUCUCAAGAGAGGGAGGAUUUUAAUGUAUAAUCAUUUUGUUUGUUAUUACCUUGCAAUGUUGAGCCAUGAAGCCUUUGUUUAAAAAAAAUGGCACUGCAAUACACAACAAAGAAAAUCCUUUAUUUAUUUUAUUAAAUAUAUAUGGAAAAGAAUGAAAAUUGGUCCAAAUUAAAGGGGGGGAGAGGGGGGAGGGAAGAGGGUGGGGCGGGAAGGCAGAACAAAAACAGCAAUUGAAAAUAAUUGACUUUCUUUUUUUUCUUCCUUUCCAUGUGUCUUUUUUUAAAAGAAACCUAGUUUUUAUUUUUUAAAAAGAGAAGUAAAAGCUUUCCUGGAUGCUUUGUACCAAAAAAAAAGAAAAAUGAAAAAAAAAAAAAAAAAAAAAAGAAAACCAGUUAAACAAAUAAAUAUCCAUCCAGAAUACAAAGCCUGAUUUUUUUUUUCUUUUAGUUUUGGUUUAUUUUUGCUCUUGGGGUUGGAGUUGGGUGGGGAGAAGGCCACACCAAACAACAGGGGACCUUAAUCUCAAGUCCUUUCCAAUUCACUGCAGGUGUAGACAGUUUGGGUCUGUUCCUGUCCCCACCCCAGCACCUGUCGUUGACCUUCAGUUUUGUUUGCAGGAGUGGGUGUCCUUCUGUCGGGUGAGGACUGAUUUAAUUGCAGCUUCUGGUGGCUGCUGCUGGAAAUGUUGUUUAGCAUAUUUGUUCCAUUUUUGCUUUCCCCCCUCCCCCCCCACCCGCAUAAAUCAUGGUCAUGGUGGACAUUCAGAGAUGACUUAAAAACAGGUGAAACUCCAAGCAUAUCUCUUGCCUGCUUCCACAGCGAGCAAACAACUGGGGCUGGGAGCUCCAUAAGGAUGCCAAUGCCAUUUCCAAGCACUGCGUUGAUGCUGCUGGAAGUGUCCCCAGCUUUGGGCAAAGCACUCAAAAUCCCCUCUGUUAUGCAAAAUAAAAUAAGUUAGGCACUUUGGCACUUGCAUGGGUGCACUGAGCUCUCUUCCUUCCUGGGAUGCCAACAACCUUGACACCUUCUGCAUCCUGGUGCUUGUGGUGCUUGCAUUGGUGAGACAAAUACACAGAUACACAUUGAGGUUUGGGUAGUGAGGCCAGGGAUGCUGGCAAGGAGUGGGAGUGUAUCUGCUGCUACACAUCACAAAGUGGCUCUUUUCCACCUCAACUGCCAUGGGGCCAGAGCAGAGUGAUAAAUCUGGGGUAAUUUUUUGGAAAUGUGUGAAAUUGUUUAAAAUGUGCCCUCUGGCUCAGCAAAUAGCACACUGGUGUGCAAGGGUAGAAUCAAGCAGCCCCACGAAGCUCUGAGCCUGCUCUUGUCCAGUGAGGUCCAUUGAGUGGGUGAGACUGGCUGAGAUGGGACCUUUUCUUCUUCUGAGGGACCUCAAGUUACUUCUGUUGCCUGCAAAUCUCCAUCGCAGGUUAAUAGAUAAAUCACAGGCAUAGCUUGGAAAUCCUUGGGGAGGAUUUCCACAGCUUGGAGUGGAUCUGGAAACCCCAAAACCUCCAGUCGGUCUGAUCCAGUGACUUUCUGUGCUCUUCUGACACACAAGGGUACAGAAAAGAAAACAACUAUGCCAACAGAGAAAUCUGUAAUGGUGUUCGAUGCCCCAGGAAAAAUCAGUCCCUUGAUCUCAGUGCUAUUGCUGAGCUCUGCAGAAGGCAAAGGGCAAGAGACUUUUGCAUAAAGCAUCACCUCCGAGGGUAUUUUUCCCAUGAGAUUCCCACUGGGAUAGAGGAAAGGAAGGAGCAUGCAGCCUGCUGCAGGGAGGUGGCCACACCUUUGUAAGGUGUGUAAAUCACUGUCUUGGCUUAUUCUGGGUAUGGGGAGAUUUAGGAGAGGGAAAAAAAAAGAAAUACUAAUCAUAUACUUAUCUUCUUUUUCCACUCUUCUAUGCCAUUUCUGAGAUCAGUUUUCAUUUUAAAAUCCAGACAGCAGCUGAGCUGUUUUCUUAGUGUUCAAUAAGUAGUGCCAAUGCUGUCAGGAUUGACUGAGCCUACAGACUGAUUCCUUUACUUCCUUGUUCCCUCAAAGCUUCAUCCAUUUCAUCCUUCUGCUCUCAAAAGCUCUUUUUUUUUUUUUUUUUUUUGGUGAUGUACCUAGCUGCACUAAACAAAGGGAAGAACUGUAUUUGUUGUUCAUGUUGAUGCUGUUUUUAAGAAGUGGGUUUUUUAAAUUGUUUUUAUUUAUUUUUAUUUUUUUAUACACUAUUGUCCACUGAUGUUUUAUAUGGCUGUGGGGAAGCCUGGGAAAGGCAUUGAUGCAUCACCAACAAUGUCACUUGUCUGCACUCAAGCAAUAGGCAAGACACACACUUCCUAGAUUGUGCACCUAUUGUACUUUCCAUUUGUAAUACAUUAUCAAUAAAGCAAAUCAGCUAUAAGAACCUUUCA